GUUCUACUGUAUGUCUUGCCAUCUGUUGUCGUUUGAAAUAACUAUGUUCCGUUAUAUACCGUAAUUUGUUACCGCUGUCGUGCUGUAAUUUGUGAACACUGUGUUUUUCUGUAGGUGAAAUGGUAAAAUAUUGGCAUAGGAUAUGAAAUUUUGCAAUUCCAUGUGAUAUGAUCAGAAUAUGAACUUUCUUAGAUAAUCCUUUCGUGAAGAUUUAAACAGCCGCCUUCAAGAUUGCUUUGACAUUGUCUUAAAAGCGUGGGUUGUACCAGCCCAACAGUCAUGUUGCUGAGGCCGUACAUGCUGGUCAAGUUACUGUAUCAGAAUGCACCUAAAAAAUCCACAGCUCAUCUCUGUGUUUUUCGACUGGGUGCUGGCUGUUUGAAGCGACAGUUAAGUGUUUUGGUACGCCAGAUCAAUGAAGGCAAGUUGAUGGUGGAACGCCAUGAUGGCCGGCAUUAUGUUCGUCAGUCCUGCCUACCAGCGAAUAUCAUUGUGUGGUCACGAUUAUUUGCCACAAGUAACAGUAAUCCACCACUGGGGACAGAGACAAAGACUGCGGAAGAAGAGAAAAGUGGAACAAAACGAAUAGAGAAGAAAUCUUUAGAGAUUGGCAGUGAAGUGUCACAUGUUGAAAAGAAGUCAGCAACUGAUAAGGAACUGCCACAAGUUGUCAUUGUGGAGAAGAAGAGCCUGGUGACAGAGGCAGAGCAGCCAAGCAAAAAGACAAGCGUGCUGAAGGAAGUUGUUAGUAAAGUGAUGCCAGGCAAGAAGCGUAUUCGAGUGGACCUUACAGCAUCUUCCAUGGAACGCAAUUUCAUCACACCAGUCCGUGCAAUGUCAGACUUCCUUCUGAAGCCCUCUGACCUGGAAGGACUUCGUAAAACUAAACGACGUUCACCCUAUGAGAGUGAGCCACCUAUAACAGUAUAUUGGAGGAAAGAUGUUGAAUCAAAGGCUCUAGAAGUAUGGGGAUCCCGUGAAAAUUUGCUGAAGGAACUCCUCAUCAGAGAUGCUAAGAGGAAAGCUUACCAACAGAUUGAACCAGGAGGUAAGAAGAACGCAGAUAUAUUCACUGUGAAGAGACGGUUGAGGGAUUUUCGACGAGAACAAGGUUACAAAGCGGAAGUUUCAGAGGAGUCUGGCCUUCUUGGAGCAUCAGGAAGAGUUGUGCUGACUGCUAUUGCCAUCAAUGGAAGCAAUUUCCUGUUCAAGCUAUUUGCGUGGUUGUACACUGGGUCACAUAGUAUGUUCUCUGAGAGUAUACAUUCCCUUGCUGACACUAUCAACCAGCUGAUUCUAGCAUUUGGCAUACACAAGUCUGUACAACAGGCAGAUUCAGAUCAUCCCUAUGGAUACAGUAACAUGAAGUAUGUGGCAUCCCUCAUCUCAGGUGUUGGAAUUUUCUGUGUUGGAACAGGCCUCUCUUUCUACCAUGGAGUAACGGGCCUCCUCAAUCCCAUGCCAAUGGAAUCAUUUUACUGGGCUUUCUUCAUUUUGGGAGGCUCAUUAGUAUCUGAAGGAGCAACUCUUCUAGUGGCUGUGAACUCAAUCCGAAAAGGGGCCCGGCAAAACAAGAUGACUUUCACAGAAUAUGUUUUACGAGGACAGGAUCCUAGCGUGAAUGUAGUCCUGAUGGAGGAUCUGGCUGCGGUGAUUGGUGUUGGCGUGGCUGGUGUAUGCAUGGGCCUGACUGCUCACUAUGGGAGUCCUGUUCCUGAUGCCAUAGGUUCGUUGUUGGUGGGAGGCAUUUUGGGUGGUGUUGCGUCAUUUCUAAUCUAUACAAAUGUUGCAGCUCUUGUUGGAAGGUCAAUCCCACAAGAAAGACUGGACAAAAUCAACUCAGAGCUAGAAUCUGAUGUCAUGAUCAGAGCAAUCCAUGAUGUGAAGGGUAUUGACAUGGGUAACUCCCUCGUGAGAUAUAAAGCGGAACUAGAUUUUGAUGGCCGAGAACUUAGCAGAAGCUACCUCGACAAGCAGGAUUUAAGUAUUCUUCUGGAGGAAGUACAAAAAAUGAAAAACAUUGAUGAAUUGGAGGCAUUUAUGCUGAAACAUGGGGAAAACAUAGUGGACAUGAUGGGAGCAGAGAUUGACAGGAUCGAAAUGAAGUUACGAAAAAAUCACCCAGAAAUCCGUCACUGCGACCUGGAAAUCUUAUAACCAAAGUUGUUGCAAUUAAUGUUUUUUUGGCUGUCUUUUCUUCUGUGAUAUGAGUACAAAUGUUGCUUGCCUGGAAGAUAUAUUACGUGUGCACUGUGUCUUUGAAACUUCAACUGAUAAGUUACAUGAUCAGUAUUUCUAAGUCAGUAAGUAUUGUAACACAGUAUGAGUGUAAUUUUGGUCACUUCUGUGUGAUUCAUGUUGUUACUUUUGGUUGUCUCAUACACAAAUAGUGACAUCCUCAUAUUAUACAAAAUGUGAAAACUGUACAGUGCAUGUCUGUAUUAUGGACGUACAGGUUACAAAAUUAUUCCCUUAUGUAAAUUGUAAAACAUGACCGUAAAGUUGAAGAUACAGACCACAAAUUCACCCUUAUGCAAGGUUGGUAAUAAAUAUGUUGUAUGCACUAUAACAGGAAGUUCCAAGUCAAACUAAUUUUUAAAAGAAAUGAGUAUUUGUAAUCACAUACACACAUGCUCCAAAGAUGUAGGGGUAUAGCAGAUAAUGUGGUUGCUCUUCCUAUCUUAAUUUAUAUUGUUCAUUGUACUUUCCUUAAUUAAGAUUUUCUGGUGAGGAAACUGUAAUAUUUUAAAUUUGUUUUAAGUUUAUUUUUGUGUACCUGCUACUGUUUCUUAUAUGUAAGAAAAAGCAUGUUUUUGUUAUAUAUCUGGGCCAAAAGAUAGGGGUUGCAUGAUGGAAUUUCAUGGUGUAGACACAUUCUCAGUUCAUAUCCCUUCUGUAAUGUGGGCUGUCCUAUAUUUAUAAAUGGAACAACAGCUGUUUACUGUAAUUUGGCUUUCAAGCAACAAGUUUUUUUUCUUCUUGCUUUGACCCUUUGCACCUUGUGCAUGAAUUGCGUUUCCUGCAAGCAUAACUGAGCACAGAUACACGUGACAUCACAGCUGCAGAGUCGUGAUUCAUCUUCAAGUGAAGAAAUGUCUAUAGAAGCUGUUUUAUAGUGCUACACUAACCUGCCAAAAUCUAUAUAGUGAACUGAGCAAAGAUUUUCUGCUAAUUGAUGUUGUGAUUGAACAGAAACACAUCUGGACUCAUGCAACCACUCAUUUAAAACUUAAUGAUGCCGUAGUAGGGGGGAAAACUAAGAGUUCUGUGAUCAUACUUAUUAAAGCCGAAAAAAUCGUGUUAUAAACUUUUCUUGCAAUAAUAAUAAUAAUAAUAAUAAUUCAAUUCAAUUCGUGUUUAUUUACAUGCAAACUUAACAGCACAGAGGCCAAUGACAAAGUUGGCACAAGUACGUAGAAAUACAGAUAUAACUAAAAGACAAAAUACAA